CACAAAACAUCUUGGUGUUUGUAUGCAAAGAGUCAGGGACAAAAGUGGGUGCUAAACUCUAGAAAUUUGGUCCAGCACCACAAUGAUAACGAUGAUGAAGCUCGAGGCGAGCAACCAGCUCUUGCGCCGAGAGGACCCACUCGACGGCGACGACGACGACGACGACGUGCCAGAGCCGACGCAGGUCCACGCCAAGGACCUCGAGGCAACGCCCGUGGCCUUUAGCGCCGACGACGUCUCAAUGCUACACUACUACCUCGAGUCGGCCGACGAAGAGGGCAUGACCAAGCACCUCCAGGAGCGGAAGCGCCUUGACCGCCACCGCAUCAACAACAUUCGCCACCGCCAGCGCAAGCAGUGCGAGCACGCCGAACUGCGCACAGCGGCCGAGGCCAUGGAACACAAGCUCCGGGCGCUCCAAAUGCGGGCCGCCCGGCGCAAGGCGACGACCCACCUGGACCCCGAAGAGACUCUACGCAACAUUGCCAAGUGGAAGGAGGCCACCAAGUCGGAGAAGCGCCGUCGCGAAGAGGCCGUCGAGGAGAAGGAGCUCCUGACGGUCUCGACCACGUCGCACCGCAACCUUAUCCAGAUGUACUAUAAGCGCAUCCUUGUCGACAACGCCGUGCUCAACAACCCGCUGCUGCUCGAGAACGAGCCGUUCGUGAUGAACACGCUCAUUGGGUGCGAGUACACGCGGACCCAAGGGUACCGCUGGAUCAGCGGGCAAAUGCACCGACAGCUCGACGUGGCGCUCUCCUAUAUGCACUCGUACAUUGGCCACACGAUCGAAGAGAAGACCAAGAUCUUCCUCGGCGACUCGUCCGUCGACCUCGUGCGCCAUCGCAUGUGGCCUUGUCCCUUUGCCGUCGUCGCGCAGUCGGGCUGGGAGUCGUUCACGCGCAUGUCGACGGGCAACCUCCCACGCAAGACGUCGAGCCUCGAGGUCAUCGACAUCAACACGUGCUACACUCGCAUUCUGAUUGAAGACGGCAUUGGGCCCAACCUGCCGCUGACGCUCAACAUGCUCCAGCGCCGCUUCGUCGAGGACUCGCGCGUCGUCAUCACCUUUCGUACGAUCGCCGAAGACUCGACGUACCCCGUCAACAACCCGGUGGAGCACGGCGACCUCUCGAUUGCCGGCUGGCUGUCGUUUGAGCGCGUCACCGACUCGUCGGCGCGCUGCCGCGUCUUUGUCAAGUUUCGGUCGACGGUCGAGAACGACGAGGAGGUUCUCGACUUGACCGCGAUCCCGAGCGCGACGGCAACCAACCGCAAGACCCGCGCCAACCAGUGGAUCAUGAGCAUCAUCUCCAAGAUGUACGACGCCGUCGACACGGCGACGCUCCGCGGUGUCAACGCACCCGCGCCGGCGACACCACAGCUCGAGGUCCUCCGCAAGACAGAGCAGGACGAAGCUGCCCAGAGCCCAUAGGCCACUCCUCCUAGUCGUAUGUAUAUCACCUGCCCGCCCAUUAUUAUAAACCCCUACCUCGUCCCCAACUUCUUAACCUAACCGCGUUGCGUUGCCCGACCACUGACUAGGUCCAUGUGAUAGGGGUCGGGGUAGGACCUACCGCGGUACACGGACCCUCCGAAAAGACCCGAGUCCACAGCGAUGGCGUUGGAGUCGGAGGUGCUAGUAGGAUGGAGAAGUAAAGGCUACAUGCGUAUAUUAAAAACGUAGACAAGAGCGGG